AUGACGGCUGCGGUGGUGACGCCUUGGACAGUUGAGGGCGAUGUGGACUACGACAGGCUCAUCAAAGAGUUUGGGAGCCACGCCAUCGACACCGCGUUGCUUGAGCGACUGGAACGGGUCCUCGGGAAGAAGCCGCAUCACUUCCUCCGUCGCGGCAUAUUUUUCUCCCACCGUGACAUGAACCUUUUACUGGACGUGUACGAGGCGGGGCAGCCGUUUUACCUCUACACUGGGCGGGGCCCAAGCAGUGAAUCUAUGCACAUGGGCCACCUAAUCCCGUUUAUGUUCACCAAGUGGCUACAGGAAGCGUUUAAUGUGCCGCUUGUCAUUCAAAUGACCGACGAUGAAAAGUUUUUCUUCAGAAACAUUGAUAUUGGGCAGAUUGAGGCCAUGACAACCGAAAACAUUAAGGAUAUCAUAGCGAUGGGGUUUGACCCGGAGCUGACGUUUAUAUUCCGCGACUUCGACUACAUGGGCCACAUGUACCGCACCGUGGCGCAGAUUGAGCGGACGUUCACGGCGAGCCAAGUCCGGGGCUGUUUUGGGUUUAAGAUGGAGGACAACUGCGGGCGUUGGAUGUUCCCGGCGAUUCAAGCGGCCCCCUCCUUUUCAGCAGCCUUUCCACACAUAUUCCCACCGUCAAAGGGGAACGUGUUCUGUCUGAUUCCGCAGGCCAUUGAUCAGGAUCCCUACUUUCGCCUCACCCGCGACAUUGCCCCGCGUCUCGGUUUCUUAAAGCCGGCCGUAAUUCACUCAAAAUUUUUUCCCGGCCUCAGCGGCUCAAAGGGGAAGAUGAGUUCCUCUACGGGAGCGGCGGUGGUUCUCACGGAUACGGAAAAGGUGCUGAAGGAUAAAAUUAACAAGCACGCCUUUAGCGGGGGUGGCGCAACGAAGGAGGAACAGUUUGUGCUCGGGGCUAAUACGGACGUGGAUGUUCCCAUCCAGUGGCUGAAUUUCUUUAUGGAAGAUGAUGAGGCACUCGCUCGGAUCCGCAAGGAUUACAUGCUUGGACGCAUAAUGACGGGGGAGGUCAAGAAGAAGCUGAUAGAAAUUGUGGGCAACAUUGUGAAAAGCCACCAGGAGGCACGUAAAAAGGUUACCGAGGACGACGUGAAGUUUUUCACAAGUGUCCGUCCCAUGGGACCAGCAAAACAUACCAACACAAAUUCGGAUUGA